AAUGACCAGGCUUUUAACAAUAAUGAUCUUAUAUGGGUGAACAAACAUUCGUUUAUAAGUCUAUCUGUGUGUAUGAAGUUUAAUAACUUCAAGAUAUUUGCUAGCAAUCACACAAGGGUAGAAUUUACAGCAUAAGUGAUUUCAAUGGAAAACGAACCAGAACAGAAAAUUCCGAAUCGAAAAGGAAGGGUAAAAGCAAUUAUUCUUGACAAUCUGCUGAUUAUUCUUAUGAUAAUUGCUGUAGCCAUUGGAAUCGGACUUGGUAUUGGAUUAAGAGAAAUAUGGUCACCAAAUGAGAAAAGAAAAUUACACUAUUUACGAUUUCCUGGAGAUUUACUCAUGAACAUGCUAAAAAUGUUAAUUCUCCCUCUCAUUAUUUCAAGCUUAAUAUCUUCAUUAGCAUUUCUGGACGGCAAGGCAUCAGGGAGAAUGGGAUUACGUGCCGUUAUAUAUUACAUGCUUACGACUCUGUUUGCUGUCAUCCUUGGUAUUAUAAUGGUGCUUGCUAUUUCCCCUGGGACAAAGGGUGCAGCGAUAGAUAAGUCUGGCGAGGCCAAGAACAGUGAACCACUGGAUGCACUUUUUGACCUUAUAAGAAACUGCUUUCCAGAUAACUUAAUAGAGGCAUGCUUCAAAAGGCAACAGACUGAUGUUGAAAAACUAGAAGUAAACGAAACAUACGUCAAUAAAACUUCAGAAAAUCAAACUGAAUAUACUGUCACAAUGAAUGUUGACAACCCAAAAGUAAAGAAAGCUGAUGGCAUGAAUAUUUUAGGAUUGGUUGUAUUUUCCAUCUUCUUUGGAUGUACGUUAUCUAAGAUGGGUAAAACAGGAAAACCUUUGGCCGAUUUCUUUGAAUGUAUGCACUUAGCCACGAUGAAACUCGUAACACUUGUUAUUUGGUUUUCUCCCAUUGGUAUAAUAUUUCUGAUUGCUGUGAAGUUGAUAGAGAUGGAAAAUUUAAGCACAGUGUUUACACAGCUUGGUUAUUACAUGGCAACUGUAUUAUCUGGAUUAGCAAUACAUGCUAUAGUUAUUCUACCGUUGAUAUACUUUAUUGGUGUUCGGAAGAAUCCAUUCAUUUAUAUGUUUAACAUGCUAAAGGCGUUACUUACAGCAUGGGGAACGGCAUCAAGCUCAGCUACAUUACCUGUCACCAUGGAGUGCUUGGAAGUGAACAAUAAAAUUGAUGAACGUGUUAUCAAAUUUGUCACACCAAUAGGUGCUACAAUAAAUAUGGAUGGCACGGCUUUGUAUGAAGCUGUAGCUGCCAUUUUUAUAGCACAACACUUAGGAAUCACUCUAAGUGUUGGAGAAGUUAUUGUCGUCAGUCUGACGGCCACAGCUGCAGCUAUUGGUGCGGCAGGUAUUCCACAAGCUGGCCUUGUUACUAUGGCGAUAGUCUUGACUGCUGUAGGGCUUCCGAUUGAUGAGAUAACGCUAAUUUUACCAAUUGAUUGGUUUUUAGAUAGAUUCAGGACAGCAAUUAAUGUAUUGGGUGAUUCGUACGGCGCAGGCCUUGUAGCGCAUAUGUCUAAGGCAGAUCUAGAAGAAAUGGACAGACGUGAAGCUAAAGAGAAUGGUAAUGGAUUUAUAAGCAAUGGCGAUAUUGACAGUCCACAAGUUUUGACAAAACUUUAAACAAAGAACUUUUUUGUUGAAGUACAUAUCAAUAUAUAUGAGGAAAAUAAACUCUCAGGACACAUUUAUGUAUUUUGUGAAAUAUGCAUUUACAUCUGACUUUUUUAUGAUUAAAGGUUUUUUUAUUA